GUCUCUGCUAAAAACACUAUGUCUGGCUUGUAGUAUUGGCAUAAAAAAUUAAAAUGGUCCUUGGUUAAGGGAGUUCCAAUGCCCUGGACAUUCCAGAAUAGCAGUUUCAUGGUGCUUCAACUAAAGGGAACCUAAUAGCGGAAUAGAGAAGAUUAUAGAGAUGUCGAAAGAAGAGAAAGAAAUACACAAAACUAACUUUUGGACAGAUGCAAAAGACAAACUUCAGAAUCACAAGCAAGGGCAGAAGGAUAAGCUAUCAAAUGGGGGGAGUUGGUUAUCAGAAAGAGGAGAGAGCGCGAUAGAUUGUUUUGAACUGAAUUAUCAAGAAAACCACUGUUUACCGGCCAUGUACCAACCUUAUGAGAACAACUGAAUUCUUGUAGUAUCUAAAGGAAUAGAAGGCAAAGAUUAACAACAACCAAAUACAAGGAAUUCUUGUAGAGCCGAAAUUGGAAAUAUAUAACACCAUUUAAUGGCAAGACAACAAUAAACAUAACAAUGGCUUGGAAUUAGGUGCAGGCAACAACUAAAAAGAAAACUUACCAGGGGACUCAUCACCUAACUAAAAAUGAGUAGUUUCUAAAGAUGCGGAAAGGGGAUUAGCUAUUAGCUGACUAGAACAGAUAAACCGCGAAAGGGAAUUGUGAAAUAUCUAGAGAUUGCUUAAAGGAGGAUUUCAAGAUAGAGAGAACAACAUAAAUGAAAACUCACUGGUAACACGAAAACAGCCUAAAUGAAAAUUCAUUGUCAAAACCAGGAUAAAUGGAUAUAAUUUAAACAUAGGAAGAACUGAUCUAAGAUACUUGUCACUGGUAAUAACUAUCCAACAACAGAAGAAUAAAACUCCAGUCGUAAAAAAGGCUGACAAAACUAACAUAGUUAUCAAAACAGUGGUGGAAAUUUUGGAAAGAAGAUAUGGAGAAGAGCCUGGAGAAAAACACCGGUGUUAACUAUUUUAGAAGAGAGAAACCAUUGAACCCCAGCCCAAACAACAGCCGACCAAAUCACCAAAAUAGUUAAAAACGGUGGUGUAAAACGCAAGGACGUCGACCCAUAUAAACUCAUAAAGAUCAGCGAAAGCCAAUACGAAAAGUAAAUUUGAAACGAAACAUAUGCAUAAAAUUAAGAAAGGAGAUUAAUCAGAACGAUUGGGUGCAAAGUUUAAGAGACAAUAAUACAAACAGGUGAGAGUCACGAAAAGGAGACAAGGAAAGAAUGAAAACAAAUUUCAAAUUGCAGCAAAGAAGCAAACUAUAUAGAAAUUAGUUUUGGAUAAAUCCCCUGGUAACGGAAGAAAGAUUGAACUAACCUCGAUAAAAACAAGCCCCUGAAGUUUGAUUGUUGAUGGAAUAAUGAAAACCCAUGGUGGUAAGCAGGCAUCUAUAAGAAGACCAUUGACCAGAAAGAUAAAUCGCCCUAGGAAAGAGACAUAGAUACUACAGAAGAAUUCGGUUGCCCCAAUUGGGGCUACAUGGCCGGUAAGCCAGAGAAAUUUAGCCGGACAUGGAGACGGUUGAUUUUUUUCUCAAAUACAUAUAAAUUGAGCUAAAGGAGAUAUAGAUUAAGAGAUGAAAGCUUAAGAAGAGAUUCAAGAUGAAAGAAACUUAUCGAAUCAAGGACAUGCAGUGAUCAGAAGAUCAAGUUUUGUUGAAGUCGGUCGAAGGUGAUUUGACUCAGUUGGUCGCCCGCCUCCUCCCCCAUGUGAUGUGUUCAAUACUCGUUUUAGGUGGAUAUACGUAACCUCAUUAUCUUAAGACUUGAACUUCCGUAAACAAUCCCAAAUGUUGAGCAGGCAUGGAAAAUGGAAUUCCUCCACCAUGAACGACGUGAGAACAAUCCCAAUAUACAUAAAGUAUCCCAAACAGGAGGAAAUUUCAAAAUCGGUGCUUUUCGGUUUUUAAGGGUUGUCUUCGUUUAUUUUUUCACGCGAUUCUCCAAAACAAAAAGACAUUUUCCCCAAACGAGGGUUCCAAAACAAAAGAAAAAUAGAGUGCUCCACCAAACAAGUAAGAACACCAAUAGAGUCCUUGUUGCUCUCUGUAGAAACUCAAGAUCUCUUCCAUUGGGUAGCGGCACUGACUUGAGAUUACUUUCAACUCCGAGCUUACAAUGGAAGUAACAAAUAAGUUAGAGAGUGGUAACUAUGCCGCUGAUAUAUCAUCGAUAAAAGAAGCUCAACAACGAAUCAACCCUUUCAUACAUAAAACUUCAGUUCUCUCUUCCGAUACUUUAAAUUCAAUCUCCGGAAGGAAACUAUUUUUCAAAUGUGAAUGUUUUCAGAAGGGCGGGGCUUUUAAAUUCAGAGGUGCGUGCAAUGCUAUAUUUUCACUCAAGGAUGAGCAAGCAGCUAAUGGGGUGGUAACACACAGCAGUGGAAACCAUGCUGCUGCAGUGUCUUUGGCUGCAAAGUUACGUGGAAUUCCUGCCCAUAUUGUUAUACCAAAAAAUGCUCCAAAAUGUAAGGUUGAGAAUGUCAGGCGUUAUGGUGGGAACGUCAUUUGGAGUGAUGCCACAAUGCAAUCAAGAGAGUCUGUUGCUAAUAACGUCCUGCAAGAAACUGGAGCUGUUCUUUAUCAUCCGUUUAACGAUGGGCGCAUCAUAAGUGGGCAGGGAACGAUAUCAUUGGAGCUGCUGGAGCAGAUCCCUCAGAUUGACACCAUAAUUGUCCCUAUAAGCGAUCAGAGGUGGUCUGAUAUCAGGGGUUGCAUUGGCUGCCAAAUCGAUCAACCCUAAGAUUCGGAUUUUGGCUGCUGAACCAAGAGGUGCCAAUGAUGCUGCUCUGUCCAUGGCAGCUGGUGAGAUUGUAACACUUCCUCGGACCAACACCAUUGCCGACGGAUUGCAAGCUUAUCUUGGUGAUCUGACAUGAAUGGCUUUUGCAUGUUUUCGGCUUCUUCAGAAUUCACAAGUUUUAAGAUUACAUUGCUGAAAAAAGGGACUUUUAAUAGUCUGCCAAUAGUCAGAGAUUUUGUGGAUGAUGUGAUUACGGUGGAGGACAAAGAUAUAAUUGAAGCCAUGAGAAUGUGUUAUGAGAUUUUGAAAGUUGCAGUGGAACCUAGUGGAGCUAUUGGCCUUGCCGCCGUCCUUUCUGCCACUUUCUUGGAAAAUCCAGCCUAGAAGGACUGCAAUAAUGUCAACCUAUCUUUAAUAAAUACGACUGUUCUUUGGGAAUCCUUUAAUAAAUAAUAAAGGUUAAACAAAUGCGACUGUUCUGUAUGUUGUGUUGGUCAACCUAUCUUUACCUGGCUAUAAAAUUGAGGCAUGCUGAUGCUGUUUUU